GCGGGUGAAUUUUCUAAAAAUCGCCUGAAGUAAUUUUUUUCUUCCUUUCUGAGAUAAAAAGUACAUCGUUUCUUAACCUUCAUUUAUAGUAAAAGAGACUUUAUCCUAAAAAUUUCUUCGCGAAAGAGAAUCUUUUGGUCGCAAUUCAAAAGAAGCGACAUUGGAGGAAAGCAAUACGAUGGAGUCUCCCCAAAGCGGUAGUCAGGUUUCCAUGUUGGAAACUGCUUCAGUUUCAGUGACAGUUAGCCCUGAGAGCUCCGUGGGUCAGACACCUAGUGUUCCUAGGACACCGGAGAGUAUUCCUACUUCUACACCAGCUCCUAUUCCUCAACCAAAAUCCCAGCCGCCUAAACGACGUGGGAAAGCUCCUGAGCUGCCUGUCUAUGAAAGAAGAAAUUGGCUUAUUCAUCUACAUUAUAUCAGAAAGGAAUUUGAAGCCUGCAAGUCUCUAAUAAAAGAUCAGCUUGAUGAAACUCAGGGAAUGUGUGAAUAUGCUUUGUAUGUGAAAGCAUUAAUUCUUCGUCAAGAGGGUCAAAUCCAGGAAUCAUUGGAUCUCUUCCAGAGGACUGUUCAAAUCAAUCCUCAAAGCGCUGACAACCUUAAGCAAGUUGCAAGAUCUCUUUUCCUUCUUGCCCGACACAAGGCUGCUCUUGAAGUGUUCAAUGAAGCUGCAAAACUUAGCACCAAGGACUGGGAAAUUUAUCACAACCAAGGUGUUUGCUAUGUUUAUAUGAAAGAUUUUGAAAAGGCGAAAGAUUGUCUGAAGCAUGCCUUGCAGUAUCACCGUCAUGAUGCAUCCUUCAUACAGUUAGGAAAAGUUUUACUCUUAGAGGGAGACACAGAAUCUGCCAUUGAUGUUUUCAAGAAAGCUAUAGAAUUCUCACCAGAAAACCCCGAUCUAAUGACAACACUAGGACUGCUUUACUUAGAGCUUGGUCAAACUUCAAAAGCUUUUGAGCAUCUUGGAAAUGCAUUAACUUAUGAUCCUAGCAAUGUGAAGGCUAUCUUGGCAGCUGGUUCUAUGAUUCAGUCACACGGUGACUAUGAUGUAGCACUGACCAAAUACAGAAUAGCAGCCGCAGCCACACCUGAAUCACCACACCUGUGGAAUAACAUUGGCAUGUGCUUCUUUGGCAAAAAGAAAUAUGUCGCAGCCAUCAGCUGUCUCAAAAGAGCCACAUACAUGGCACCAUUUGAUUGGAAAAUCCUUUAUAACUUGGGAAUCAUUCACCUUACAAUGCAACAAUACGCUUCUGCGUUUCACUUCCUUAGUGCAGCAAUUACCCUCAAACCAAAGCAUGGUAACCUCUUUAUGUUACUUGCAAUUGCCUUGACACAUUUGGAGGACCAAGAGAAUGCUAGACAUGCAUACGAACAGGCAGCAAACUUAGACAACUCCGAUCCUUCUAUAAACUUGAACUUCUCAGUCUUCCUGUACAAUACAGGCGAAAAGAAAGACGCUGCCAAACAGUUUAACAUUUACGAGAGAAAAAUGGAAUCCUACCGAUUAGUCAAAGGUGUCGAGGUUGAUCCAGAGCUUGUGGAUGUAGCCAAUAAGCUCGGUCCAACUUUACAAGUCGGAGAGAGCCUCGUGUGGGAAGGAAGUGACGCUGGCCAGUCAUCGCGGGCAGAUUUCCGAGAUCCUUCAGCGCCAGAAUCCGUAGCGAGCAGCAGUUCGUCUUUUCACGAAGACGGUUCGUUUGUCUGAACUUUAAAACAAUACAACAUGGUUUGAUGCUUGUUUGCAGUUUCGACAGAAUCCAUUUUCAGUGCUCGUUGAACCGAACAUUUGUCAGUAGAAAAAACUCUGAUUGGUACAUGUAAAUAACACUUUCUAUAGCAGAUACCAUGACCCACCGACAGUACAUUGUAGUAGAUUUGAUCUCUGGGUUAAGCAUGUGUAUAUCACUUUUGCCCGAACUUUCUGCGCUCAAACCCUUACACCUUCAAAGAAUUUUUCGUGCGAGUAGACUUGCUGUUUUUACUGCCUUACUUGCACUACUGCUUACGGUCGUAAUCCAGUCAUAAAGGUUUAUGGCGACACGGGAUUCAGACUCGGCCAGGGACUCCUUGUCCAAAAUACAGCUUUACUAUAGCGGGAAUCGUUAGAAUAUAAUCAACCAACUUGUAGGAUAGCUCACUUUGCCUGAGAACGAAAUUUAUCCAGUUGAAAGCUGACACCCGUUCAUUAAAAGGAUUUUGGUUGAAUUAGUUACUUUGCAGUAAGCAUUUUUUGUUGGUCUUAUCUCGCUUUACACGAAUUGAAAAUGUACGGGACAGCCAUUCUAUUAACAGUUAGCCUCCUAGGUAUUUCUGUAUUAUUUUAAUUAUCCUGUAAUGAUCUUUUAAUGAUAUAAUGUUAUAAAUAAGAUCAGUAUUCUUUGUCGUCAUGAUGCUAGCCUUGAUAAUGGAUGUACCAACUAGUUAAGAUUUGUAAAAACUUGCGAAAAAGAUGAGUCUGAUAUGCUGUUUGCAAUUGAACAAUAAAUAAUUUUUUAAUUGAACGUC